AUGUCGCCGCGGCGCGGGACGGAGGCGAGCGAGGAGGAUGGCUUGGUUGGCCAACACCCAGCGCGCGGAGGAUCGCGCGGGACGUGGUCGACGACGGAGCGUCGAGUGCUCGGGGCGCUCGCGGGGGCGCUCGUGGCGUCGUUGGCGGUGAAUGCGUCGCAGUACGCGCGUGGGCGCGAGCGGAUGCGAGGAGAGGCGGAGCUCGGGGAUUCGCGAUUCGCGCUCGCGGCGCCGAGGGGUCUGUCGAGAGAGACGCACGCGGAGGCGUGCGGGCACGCGUCGAGGUUUAGCUUGAUGUGCGUGGGCGAACGCGAGGAGCGUCGAGGAUCGUGGCGAUCGUUGGCGCUCUUGGGGCAGGCGGCGCCGGCGCAGCCGGAGAAGUUUGCGCAACUUCCGGCGACGGGGGCGAAGAGAUACUGCCGCAAGGACACGUGGCUCCUCUCGUGCCUCUUCUAUAAGGCGAACAUCAACGACGAGGCCACUGACUGGAAGCGCGUCAAGGAGGAGUGCGACGGUGAGUUUGAGUGCGACGGUAUCAACAAAUAUUGGACGAGCGAUUUGUGGCACAUCGCGUCGAGCGGAAACGCCGGCGGAUGCGACGCCCAGCUCGACGACGGCUCUGGCACCGACGCGAGCGCCUUCUACAAAGAAGGUAGCGCGGGAUGGCGACGAUUCGGUCCGGAGGGCGAUGGAUCGUGCAAGGUCGUAAACAUGUGGGGUAAUCCCGAAUGA